AUGCGCGCCCUCACGGAGACAGAAACCAAAACCCUUUUCUCCAAGCUCGCAAACUACACUGGCCGUUCCCUGAAUAACUUAAUCGCACCUCCCGCCUCUUCUGCCACAGAAGGCGACCAGUCUUCAGCAGAUGACCGCCAUGUCUUCCGCCUCCAUGGCUCCCGAGUAUAUUAUGUGCGCCUAUCGAUAGCCAACCUGGCCACGGCAGUGCCUCGCGAAAAUCUUCUUUCGCUAGGUACUUGCAUCGGGAAAUUCACCAAGACGGGCAAAUUCAGACUACAUAUUACUGCGUUGGACGUGAUUGCACCGCAUGCGAGAUACAAGGUCUGGAUCAAGCCGAACGGGGAGAUGCCAUUCCUAUACGGAGGGAAUAUUGUGAAAGCGCAUGUUGGGCGGUGGAGUGAAGACUGUCCGGAACACUCAGGUGUGGUAGUGUAUUCGAUGGAUGACACGCCUUUAGGAUUCGGAGUCACCGCUCGAUCAACAGCGGAAGCACGAAGGCUUGACUCCACAAGCAUUGCAACAUUUAGGCAGGCAGAUAUAGGAGAGUAUCUCAGAGAGGAGGAUACACUUUUUACCACGUAA